CGGGUGUCGCGGCACAGACAGUGGGGCUGGCUGAUAGGUCCGACAGGGAAAUGGAUCAUUAACCCGAAUAAGUUGAAACAUAAACUGGUUUCCCUCCUCGCAUCUCGACAUUAGGACCUAAAGCAACAGGUGCUGGUGUCUGACGGACCAUGGGCGAGGCCGUGUUGAACAAAACCCUGGACGGCUACGAAGAUGACUUUGAGAAGGACCUGGACUGGCUGAUCAGCGAGGAGAGUCGCAGUGAGGACCAGGGGCCCGACUACGACGACAUCGAGGCUGAGAUCGACAAGGAGUUGGAGGAGUCGGAGAAGGAGAGGAGGGCCGGGGCGCAGGGAGCUGGGGACAACAAGGAGGAGGAGGAGGGGGAGGAGGAGGAGGAGCGCUGGCCCUCACCGAUGGCCCCCCUGGAGUACGACCCCGACCGCCACGACAGCCCCUCCCGGCGGGGGUCCCCCUCCCUAGCCCCGCCCCCGGCGGCGGCGGCGGCGGCGGCGGACGAGCAGACGGACGAGGAGAAGAAGUACAUCCUGGACAAGAUCCAGCAGGCCAACCGGGAGCUGAGGGACCAGGAGCCGGCGGACGCCUCUCGCCGGCGCCGGCUGCACUUCAAGGACAAGCUGGUGGACCUGGUGGUCCCGCCGCGGGAGUACCCGCCGACCCCCGCGCCCGAGGCCCCGCCCCCCGGGGCCGGGGACGCCGAGGUGGAGGGGGAGGUGUCGGGGAGGCUGUCGGAGCUCAACAUCUCCCCAAGGAAGGAGAGCGUAGCGGCGGUGGCGGCAGUGGCGGCGGCGGCGGCGGCGGCGGGGGGGACGGUCGCAGACGGCCUGCUGGGGGGGGACCCCGGGGGGGAGGGGGGUAAGGAGGGGAGGGUCCUGGUGGAGAAGGACGGGAAGUUCGACCUGGUGAGCCUGAAGGAGGUGGAGAGCCACGGCCUGCUCCCGCCGCUGGCCAAACACUCCCGGGACAACGGCCCCCGCUCCUCCCCCCGGCCGGCCGAGGCGUCCCCGGAGCGGCACAAGACGCGCUCCUCCUCCUCCUCCUCCUCCUUCCGCUCCGUCACCCACCAGAGCGUGGAGCACCUGCGGGCCCCCCGGCCCCCCUCCCAGCCCCGGGGCCGGCCCAGCUCGGCCAGCCGCGGCGUGAGGGGCAGCCUGAAGCAGGGGGCCCGCCGCCGGGUGCAGUCGGCGGCGGGCAGCCCCAGCCGGGCCACGUGCACCGCGUCCCCCCUGCAGAAGGAGGCGCUGCAGAAGGCCCAGCAGAGGAGGGAACGGCUGGCCAGAGAGGCAGAGCAGAGGAAGCAGGAGGAAGAGGAGCAGAAGAGGCAGGACAACGAGCUGGCCUUCCGGGCGUGGCUGAAGAGGAAGGGGGAGCAGGUCAGGGCUGAGAGGAGGGUCCACCGCGCACAGGAGAUGGAGAGACAGAACGGCUGUAGGGUCCCGGUGGACGGGGAGCAGGCCUUCCGCUUCUGGCUGCGGAGGAAGCAGGAGCAGCAGCUCAGAGAGAGGGAGCUGGAGGACAUGAGGCGGAUGGAGGAGGAGGGGGGCUACGUCCUGCACAACCGCCAGGAGUGCGAGCAGGCCUUCAAAGAGUGGCUUAAGCAGAAGCGGGCUGAGAAGCGGGCGGAGCAGCGGGCGUCGCGGCAGCUCUCGCGCCGCCUGCUGGUCGAGGAUCGGCGUGCGCGGCGCAUGCAGGACCUGAUGUUCAGCGUGAACGAGGCCAAGCCCUUCAGGUUCACGGGGCCGCUGUCCUACCGCUUCUGA